AAGCACUCGCGUUCUCUGGUGGAAGCGACAGCUCCCGUUGUGUGGAGGAAGCAGUCACAACCCACGUUUCGACACGUUCACUGAUUUAUUUAUUUUUUCUCCUCGUCUUCCUGGGAUUAAAGCGAGUACUUUUGCUGAAGUUUAGCAGCGCGGGGGCUCGCCGUCUGGAGUGUAUGCAGAUCUACGGGCAAUGAACGCAGCGCGGACGCCUCAAACAAAGUAGUCGAAGAGGCAGACCUGUGCGUUUGAUGGCUGCUGGGGAUGGAGCCCAGCUGCCGGCCACUGUAGCGGCCAGCCGGAGCGUGGAGAAGGCGCUGGAGGAGGCUGCCGCCAGCGGAGCUCUCAACUUGUCCAACCGCAAACUCAAGGAGUUUCCCCGCAGCGCCAGGAACUACGACCUGUCCGACAUUACACAUGCAGAUCUGUCUAAGAAUCGCCUUUGUGAGCUGCCAGAGGAUCUUUGUCAGUUCAUCUCUCUGGAGACACUGAGCCUUUACCACAAUGGGAUGCGUUCACUGUCGUCCAGCUUGGGCAACCUCCAGGCCCUGACCUACCUCAACCUCAGUCGUAAUCUUCUGUCAAGUUUACCCCCGUCAGUGUUUCAGCUUCCUCUCCUGCGAGUUCUCAUCGUCAGCAACAACAAGCUGUCUUCGCUGCCCGCCUCCAUAUACUCCCUCACACACCUCCGACAGCUGGACGUGAGCUGCAACGAGCUGCAGUGUUUGCCUGCAGAGCUCGGUCAGCUUGAGUGUCUGAGGGACUUGAACCUGAGGAGGAACCAGCUCACCGCUCUGCCUGAAGAAAUAUCCGAGCUCCCCCUCGUCCGGCUCGAUGUGUCCUGCAACCGCAUCUCUCACGUGCCCCUGUGCUACCGCCACCUGCGGCACCUCCAGAACAUCCUGCUGGACAACAACCCGCUGCAAAUGCCGCCGGCGCAGAUCUGCUCCAAGGGCAAAUACCACAUCUUCAAGUACCUCAACAUGGAGGCGUGCAAGAGGAGUCAGGAGGAGCUGGAGCGACACCUGAGACCCACAGGAUUUAACAGCUGUUUGUCAGACCACGAGCUGUUCGCGGGUCAGUUUGGAGGACUGGACUCUGGAUUCAACAGUGUGGACAGUGGCAGCAAAAGAUGGUCUGGGAACGAGUCAGCAGACGACUUCUCGGAGCGUUCCCUCCGCAUGGCCGAGGUCAGCAGAGACCAGAGGAACCUGGAGGAGGAGGAAGAGGAGGACGCAUCUCCGCUGCAAGCGGGUAAAGUGGACGGAGAGGCUGAGCAGGUGGACUUCAUUGACAGCAGUGUGAUGGAGGAAGAGGAGGAGGAGAUUAGGACGGAUCCACCCACACCUCCUCUGGCUCAGAAGGAGAGAUCGUCUACGUCCCAAACGCAAGACUCAACAACCUGCAGGUCCAGCCUGCAUGUGGAGAUGGCCCCACCAUCUUCGACGCCCUCAUCUCCUCUGUCCCCCUCCAGUCCCACGCUGGAGGAGCGGCGGAGGCCGGGAACCCUGCAGAUCUGGCAGGAGAGGGAGCGUCUGCAGCAGCAGCAGCAGAGAGAGAAGGCCAGUUUGCUGAAGUCAUCAACCAAAACAGGAAGUCACAUGUCCGCGGCACCACAGACCGGAAGUAGCUCGGCUGGUGCGUCUCCAGAGAACAGCAGCUCCAACUCCAGCCUGAGGCAGAGAUGUGCAAGCGCAGAGCAGAUGAGCACAGCGUGUCCUUUAGUGCUUCUUCAACGCUCCAGCAGUAGAACAGACGUCCCGUCCUCUCCCAAGACGUCCCCUCCACCCGGUCAGGCCCAGAAACCCAACAGCUUCCUGUUCCGCACGUCGUCGCGCAGCAGCGUCAAACCCACAGGCGCCAUUUUUACUCUGGGUGAGUCUGGCAGGUGUGACUCUCGCACGACGCUGCGCUCUCCGAAAGAGGAGAGGCCAGACAUCACACAACUACGCAAGACGCUGGAGUCCCGGCUGAAGAUCACUCUACCUGAGGAGCUGGGCGAGGCUUUGUCCAACGGCACCGUCCUCUGUCAGCUGGUGAAUCAGAUCCGACCGCGUGCCGUAUCAAUCAUCCACAUUCCCUCUCCGGCAGUGCCAAAACUGAGUUCAGCAAAGUGUCGACUCAACGUGGAAAACUUCAUCGCCGCUUGUCGCAAGCUGGGCGUCCCUGAGAUGGACAUGUGUGUGUGCUCUGAUGUGCUUCUGUGUAAGCUGCCCGCUGUGCUGCGCUGUGUGACGGCCCUGUCGGCCGCCGCCGCCUCCACCGCCGAGGUGGGUGAGAUGGCGGAGGACGGCGGCUCCGUUUGCCGCCCCUCACCUUCAUCGUCCUCCUCUUCGCCCUCGUCCUCGCUGCUGUCCUCAGAUUUCCUGUUCUUCUACUGUGCGGCCAUGGCCCUGCUCUACGUCCUCUACUGCUACCUGCUCACCUAGAGGACAAACACACUCACUCACACACAAACACACGGAAACUUAUACUCACAAUACUCUGGAGUGUGUGUGAGUGUGUGUGUGUGUGUGCACACUUUUGAGCACAUGUCUAAUAUUUAAAUAAGACUUAAGAGUGAGUCUUAUGUCUCUGUUGGUUUGUCGCUGUGUCUCAAUCCAGAGGCCGCCUCCGUUUGCGCGUCGUGUGCGAAAUACAACUCUCUGCUCUACAUCUACAACUCUUUGCCCUCCUGUCGACCGCCGAAGCACGUUUCACUCAAAAUAAAUAAAAAGUGGAUGUUCAACAAGAACUAGCCACCAGGGGGCAGUGCAGUUGGGGAAAAUGACCCUGCUUUUCACUUAAAGUCCUAUAAUUAAACACUUUCCUGAGAAGUUAAUGGUGUCAAUCGCUAGUUUCAGGUCUUCUUCAAUAGCACGUGAUGUUAAUUUUUUCUAAGUUAUGUUUAUGUUUAAGAGGAAAAUAGCACAUAUGAAUGAAUGAUUGACAGCUGAUAUCGUCCAAUAGGAGCCAGGUUACAUCCCCUUCAUGUUUACAGUCAGUGGUUUUAAGACCAUUUAGUUGUGUUUUCAAACGUGUCUUGUUCGAUGUUCACUUGAUUUGGAGCCUGACGUAUUUUUGUCGGACGCCAUUUUCUCCCUUUCAAAAACGUUUGCUUGCCUCCUGCAGUGAAUCCAGGGUUUUCUACCUCUUUGAUUCGUACAGAUCAUGAAUGUCAACGGAAUGUUACAAGUUUGACAAAAGGUCAAAUUUUAAAGCAUGAAAGGUCGUCUUUAUUGGAGCCUCGGACAUCGACGGAGGCGGAGCUUGUUUUGAGACACGGCUUGUGCCGACACUCCACAGCAGCACUGGUUGGAUGUCUCAUAUAUAUAUAUAUAUAUAUAUA